UUGUUCAUGCYCGCUGUACAGGAUGCUUCAGAUAGCAAUGAAUGAACCUAUAAUCGAAUAAAAGAAAAAAAAAAAAGAAAUAGAAAUUCACGCUUAUACGGAGCKCACUAUCGAACAGAAUAGAGUGGCUGUGAGGAUUCUACGUUUACUUUCAUCUUGUAUAUUUCAUUUACGAUUUGAAAGAAGAUGGCUGGAAUUCUAUUUGAAGAUAUAUUUGAUGUAAAAGACAUUGACCCCGAUGGCAAGAAGUUUGACAGAGUGUCUCGGCUACAUUGUGAAAGUGAAUCGUUCAAGAUGGACCUCAUCUUGGAUGUAAACAAUCAGAUUUAUCCUGUGGAUCUUGGUGACAAGUUCAGACUGGUAAUUGCCAGCACAUUAUACGAGGAUGGAACACCAGAUGAUGGAGAGUACAAUCCUCAGGAUGAUCGACCGUCCCGAGCAGACCAGUUUGAAUAUGUGAUGUAUGGGAAAGUCUAUAAGAUUGAAGGUGACGAGACUUCAACAGAAGCUGCCACACGUCUCUCUGCCUAUGUGUCUUACGGAGGUCUCCUCAUGAGGCUGCAGGGAGACGCCAACAACCUUCACGGCUUUGAAGUGGACUCCAGGGUCUACCUCCUCAUGAAAAAACUGGCCUUCUGAACUUGCACAAGUCUGGAUUACAUGAGCAGCUUCCAGAUUAAAAAAAACAUGGAAUGUUUUGGAAACUUUUUUUUUUUAUUAUUAUAGCUGAUUUUUAAAAUGGUGUCUUGUAGGAGAUUUAACACAGACUGACUACAGUCUCAAAAAAUCUGUUGCAACCUGUAAAUAAAAGUUUCUUUUGUAAAAAACAAAA